AUGUAUUUAAAAUACUAUGUCGAUAAAGAUGGAAAGAGAGUUUAUACGUUACAGAAUGUUGGACCCAACGGAGAGUACUGUUUAACGGCACAUCCAGCGAGAUUCUCGCCAGAAGAUAAAUUCUCGAAACAUAGAAUCGCAUUAAAAAAGAGAUUUAAUCUGUUUAUGACUUAA